CGCCGCCGCCGCCGCCGCGCCGCCGCGCCGCGGUUUGAGGGCGGAAGGCUGGGGGAGGGUAGCGCAGCCGGCGCCGCCGCCAUGUUGGGUCUGAGGCAGCUGCUGUAGGCACCGGCGGAGCGAGCGGUAGUGCGGAGCGGCGACCGCGGCGUGGGAUUUGCCUUUCUGCCAGCGGCCCAGAGCGGCGGCGGCGCCAUGAGUGGGGGCACCCCUUACAUCGGCAGCAAGAUCAGCCUUAUCUCCAAGGCGGAGAUCCGCUACGAGGGCAUCCUCUACACCAUCGACACCGAGAACUCCACCGUAGCUCUCGCCAAAGUUCGGUCCUUUGGUACCGAAGACAGACCAACAGAUCGUCCAAUACCACCUCGAGAUGAAGUCUUUGAAUACAUUAUAUUCCGUGGAAGUGAUAUUAAAGACCUCACUGUUUGUGAGCCGCCAAAACCACAAUGUUCUUUGCCUCAGGACCCAGCUAUCGUUCAGUCUUCUCUAGGUUCAUCUACUUCUUCAUUCCAGUCAGUGGGUUCCUAUGGACCUUUUGGCAGGAUGUCGACAUACAGUCAGUUCAGUCCAAGUUCAUUAGUCGGGCAGCAAUUUGGUGCUGUUGGUGUUGCUGGAAGCUCCUUGACAUCCUUUGGAACAGAAACAUCAAACAGCGGUACCCUGUCCCAAAGUAGUGCAGUUGGUUCUGCCUUUACACAGGAUACAAGAUCUGUGAAAACACAGUUAUCUCAAGGUCGUUCAAGCCCUCAGUUAGAUCCUUUGAGAAAAAGCCCUACCAUGGAACAAGCAGUACAGACCGCCUCGGCCCACUUACCUGCUCCGGCACCUGUUGGGAGAAGGAGCCCUGUAUCAACCAGGCCUUUACCAUCUACCAGCCAAAAAGCAAUAGAGAAUCAAGAGCACAGGCGAGCUGAUAUACACAAAAUUUCAAGACCAGAAAAUGAGCAACUCAGAAAUGAUAGCAAGAGACAAAUGGUUCCAGGUGCUCCUUCAGCUCCAAGGAGAGGGCGUGGGUGUCAUCGAGGUGGCAGGGGAAGAUUUGGUAUUCGGCGAGAUGGUCCUAUGAAAUUUGAGAAAGACUUUGACUUUGAAAGUGCAAAUGCCCAAUUUAACAAGGAGGAAAUUGACAGAGAGUUUCACAAUAAACUUAAAUUGAAAGUGGAAGAUAAACUUGAGAAACAGGAGAAGCCUGUAAAUGGUGAAGAUAAAGGAGACUCAGGAGUUGAUACUCAAAACAGUGAAGGAAAUGCAGAUGAAGAAGAUCCACUUGGACCUAAUUGCUAUUAUGACAAAACUAAAUCCUUCUUUGAUAAUAUUUCUUGUGAUGAUAAUAGAGAACGGAGACCAACCUGGGCUGAAGAAAGAAGAUUAAAUGCUGAAACAUUUGGAAUCCCACUUCGUCCAAACCGUGGCCGUGGCGGGUACAGAGGCAGAGGAGGUCUUGGUUUCCGUGGUGGCCGAGGACGUGGUGGUGGUAGAGGUGGCACCUUCACCACUCCUCGAGGAUUUCGUGGGGGAUUCAGAGGAGGUCGUGGGGGCAGGGAAUUUGCAGAUUUUGAAUAUAGGAAAGACAACAAAGUUGCUGCAUAGUCUACAAACAAGUCUUUGGAAAUAGGUGAACUUCUAGCUCUUCAUGGUCCUGAGAAUUGGUUUCAGUCUUUACCAAGAAUGAAGAAGUGAAUUUGCUGUAUAUUUGUCACCAGCACUGGGUUUUUGUUGUUGUUGUUGUUGUUGUUCUUGUUGGUUUGUUUGUUUUUCUGCUUAAUUUCAAAGAUAUGAUGUAGUUAAUAUUGGGGGGGUAAGGGGCAGCUCAUCUUUAAAAAUGAGCAUUAAAUAUAUUUGAAAUAGCAGAAGGUUAAGUAAUUUCUUAUGUGUAAACUAAAGCAGUACUUCAAUGGGA